AUGGUACAGUCACAGUUUUUGCAGGCUGAAAUGAUCGCCCAAUUUGACUUGAGUCGAAGCUCACUGAGAAGAUUCAGCAAAGUGAGCCUACUGCACUGUGAGGGGGUGAACAAUCAAAGCUAUAUUUGUGAGACUGGGCACUGCUGUGGAGAAUCCCAGUGCUGCAGCUACUACUAUGAACUGUGGUGGUUUUGGUUGGUGUGGGCCAUCAUCUUUAUCCUGAGCUGCUGCUGUGUUUGUCACCAUCGUCGCACCAAACACCGGCUGCAGCAGCAACAACGCCAACACGAGAUCAACCUCAUCGCUUACCGCGAGGCACACAACUACACAUCAGUGCCCUUCUACUUCAGGUUUCUUCCAAACUACCUCCUGCCUGACUAUGAGGAGGUAGUCAACAGACCCCCUACUCCGCCCCCUCCUUACAGUGCCUUACACACGGGUCCAUCCUCAGCAGCUUCUAGCACCCUGACCACUGAGCAGCAGGAGGGCCACUGUUCAGCAAUCCAGCCCACUCCAGUUCCCUCAGUUGCCGACACCUUGCAUUCUAGACCCAGUCUGGAGGAGACGCAUGGCCCCAGCACAAGUUUCAGGCCCAAGCCUGACAACAAACCCCUUUCAACUGCACAAGAUUCAGGUAUGAUACUACUGCCGGAUGUGCUCCAGGAUGGGCUCACGGGGGAAAGGCCCAGCAGCCAGGAGAAAAGAGUUGGGGGGGACCCCUGCAAGGAUCCCCUGUUGAAGGACCUCGGGGUGUCGGAGGGUUGCACUGAGGACAAAGAGCGGCUAAUCAGUGGGAGGAGACGACGAUUCACAGGGGACUCAGGGAUUGAGGUGUGUGUGUGUGGCACACGUGGGAACAGCAUUUGUAGUGGAGUAGGAGGAAUAGGUCAGGAAGGCAAAGAGUUGAGGGAGCUGGAGAGCCUGCUGGGGCAAGAAGGGGGUGGGGAGGAGGCCGAGGAGGAGAUGGAGGCCAGUGACUAUUGCGAAAGCUGUGGACACCGUGCUCAGUUCAGCAUGGACGAGGAGCAGGCACUAGCGGGGCUGGAGAGGAGGGUCACACGCCCAUCAGGGGCCCCUCAACCAGCUCCCCAGACCAGCAGCACCACGCUCCACCCUCCGGUGUGUCUACUCCUCCACACCAUUAAUGAGCAGGAGGGGCCUUACCACGGGGGCAGCACUGAGCCUCAGGGCUGAUACACAGUCAGGCUGAACACACCUUCACUUG